AUGCCCAUCCAGGCAGCGGGCGCCCUUGAAUCCCUUCUCAUUGUGACGCGUAUACGUAGGAAAAUGGAACGGCCGAGAGACGGUGUAAGGAAACCCCCUCGUAAAGAAGUAUAUUUAUUUCUCAAGUUCCAGAUUCGCGAUACGAGGGCGGGACAGGAAGUGGUAAAAGGGCGGACAGCGAUUAAUCAAGUGGCUGGUGGUUCUUCCUCGACUCUUGGGCCGAUAAGCCAACCGCCAGCCAAACCGCCAUCCCAGAUCACUGACAUGAUAUUCCAGCAACUUCAUGGCCGUCUCUUCCCAAGUCCCCAGCCAUGGUGCCCAACAAGCACAACGCAGCAGCGCCAACAGCCAACAGCCAACAGCCAACAGCCAGCAGCGAACAGCAAACAAGCCAUCCCGUGUCCGGACCGUGGGGCUGUUUGCCUCCUGACCGCCGCUUCUACUGAAGAUUGGGUGUGA